AUGACAAUUCACCGUGCUUUUCUUCGGCUCAUCUUCCUUGUGAGCGCGGCCGGGUGCUCGAUGGCCGUCUCGUCAUCCUCGCCGGAAGUUGAUUUGAUUAUCCACCGGAAAACAGACCGCAUGGAGAGCAUGUCGCUGGUGGUCGGGGAACUCGUGGCCGAGCUGUUCGUCGGGUCCCGUCGGGACGUUGUCCGGUUGCUCGUGGACCCCACGAACCGCAUGGAGAGCAUGUCGCCGGUGGUCGGGGAACUCGUGGCCGAGCUGUUCGUGGGGUCCCGUCGGGACGUUGUCCGGUUGCUCGUGGACCCCACGAGUCAGCUGACGUGGAUGAAGUGCACGAGAACCGGAAACAAAGGCAACUUUAAUAAGAACACUAGCGUUUUCGAUGGCGGCAACUCGACGUCCUUUGUCACGACCGUCUGCCUUAAUCCGGCGAUGAUCUGCCCAUUGGAUAUCAGCAAUACCUUUCAGGCCAAUAGCUUUUGCGAUAAAGCUGGGAAUUGUGCCUAUAAUAUGAGCUACAACGUUGGGUCAACAUCCGGUGAGUUCGCCAAAGACACCUUCACGAUCAACGUGACCGACAACAACGGGAGGACAAAGAGUGUCCAAGUCGCGCAUGUGCUCUUUGGCUGCACCGAUAAAACGAGCCUCCUCGACAACAUCGUGGGCCCACACAUCCACGGCGGCUACACGUCCCUGCCCAGUGGGACCUACGAGGCAAUUGUGGGUCCCCUACACAAGUGGAUGUCGGGUUUCUGGAGGCGGAUCAAGCCCGGAAUGUUCGGCCCUCUCGAGUAUUGCUACAGUGUGAAGAAUGAGUUGCACAUUUGGCCGCAGCUCGAUUUUGUGUUUGGGGAUGAGAAGGUAUUUAGGCCGGUCGGGCCGGGCCUCGUGGUCGGAUUAAAGCCCGGAGUUAAGUGCCUUGGUUUCACGAGGAGUACCGAUAUGUUUCCCGUGAUGGGGACUAUCAUGCAGGGGGAUCAUUGGAUGCAGUUCAGAACUGGCAAGAGCCCGAAAUUGUGUUUUGCGAAGGCUAAUUGCACCCGCUGA